UUCAAACUUUUCCCAGAUUUUUCGAAUUUCUUCAAGUUAUUCUUCAAACUGUUCUCGAAUUUCUUGAAUAUCUUCAAUCUGUUCAUGAAUGCUAGCCUAGAACUUUGAAUUUGUUUAUGAAUCUAGUCUCCAUUCUUUACAAGUUUCGGCUUUUACUUUAUUAUUAUCAUGGAUGUCGCGACUACUAACUCAGACACCAACCCUACUAACUUGCCGGAAACUCCUUUGAUAGUACGUAGGCGUCUUAAUAAAAAGGGUUUACCAAUGGAUGACUCGGAUGAAAGUAGUUCAGUGAGAAUUACCCCCCAUUAUGAACCAAUAAAAGCUGGGGAUGAGUCGUCCGUAUCUCCUAUAUACCCUCCGGAGAUUAUGAAAACUGCUCCUUGGGAAGUGAGCAUUGCUUUCUUUCCAAAUUACUUGCCGCGAAUAAAUCCUGACCUAGAAGGGUUAUUGUAUGUAGAUAUGGAAAACCUUGAAGGAUCAGCCGAGUCUUCAGGAAGAGAGAGUGCGGCGCCAGCUCCUCCUCCAUUCUACAUUCCAGACGGCGGGCCUCUAAAUUACUUUAUUGACGUACAGACUAAGAGAGAUCUAGACAACCGUCGGGAGGCCAUCUCUCAAAAAUGGGGUUUAAAAGAUAACAUAAAUAUUAUUACCCCGGGGAAUUAUGACACCGUUAGGUUUCCCCCUCCACAUUGUAUAGCCGUAUACUUCCCUUCUUUUGAAUUAGGGCUUAGAUUUCCUCUUCACCCGUUUUUUAGAGAGGUGUUAGAGUUUUUGGACGUCUCAGUGCCCGAGUUAUACCCGAACGCCUGGGGUUGUAUGGUGGCCUUUUUGAUCUUGUGUAAAGUUUUGGCCGUGCCACCAACACUCACAGCUUUUAGAUAUAUAUUCAGAGCCCGCCUAUGUAAUUCCCAAUCAUACGGCUGUGGCUGGAUUACUUUCACCCACCGUCGAGGACUGAAGAUAGUCCAAGACCUCCCCGAUAACCAGAAGGGGUAUAGGACAAAAUUCGCAUACUUAUACAACUCAGAGGGAUGGAAUAUCAAGACCUCUUUUGAUAUAAAGCCCAAUCUCUCGGGUUUUAAUAAUGGGAUCCCGCAAUGUUCCUUUAACGAUGCGGUGAUCAUAGAAUAUGCAAAGAUGGACGUUCAAUUGGGAAGGAAACCAAUGAACGUCCAACUUAAUUGGAUACCUGGUCGUCCUGAGCUGGAGAAUGAGAACCUCCUCUCAGCCUUCGGCAUUAGCUUGGCUAUCGAUCGGAGGAUAGCCAAGCAAAAUCUUCGAGCCAAGAGUCCUGAACUAAUGAAGAAAUUCAGUGUUCUGAGACUUGCUUCAGGGGCCAUCCAGCGGGCCGAGGAUAAGCCUCUUCCCCUUCCUCCAAAGGACUCGGCAACCAUGGAGAAGGGUCUGGAGGACGUGCCUUCGGAGCAAGAGGCUCUCCGACUUCUUGAAGAAAGAAAGCAGGUUCAUAUCCCCGAUGAAUCUGAGAGGGUGGUUCCUCCUCAGACGAGGGGUGCGACAAAAAAGAGUGGGAAGAAGAAGAGGAAGCGGGAUUCUUCUUCCCACAAGGAGAAGUCGGCAAAGAGGCCCUCCGUGGGCGCGGUCCCUACCGCCCGGCCCCUCCAAAUAAGGCCAGUUGAAGAGGAGACCUCGCCCCUUCAAGACUCUCCACGGCCAUCUUCAGAUAAAGGGAAGGAGAAAAUGGGGGAAUCUUCCGCGGCUCCCUCCUCUCAGUAUGCCGAGGUUUACCGUCGUCGGGAGGUUUCCCCUUUUCGACGCGACACACCCUUUCCGGAGCUGGGGCAUAAGGGCUUAGUAGUCCGCUUUAACAGGGCGACGUCCAACUUAAUCAGCAAAGUGGACGUCGACCUUUUAGAAUCUAUGCCCCCCCGUGAUAGGGUGCGUCAAGCACAAGCUUCGGCGGCGGAGGCGUUCAUACGGUUGGCCUUUGAGCUCGACGCCAACCGUCAAAGUGCCGCGGACCAGGAAACCAUGGCCGCCCUUACCUCCCGCUGCGAAGAGCUGAACGAAGAAUUAACAAAACUGCGGGAGGACCUGCCGAGCCUCAAAGAAAAACUGGCCAAGUGCUCUGAGCUGAAAGAACGCUUGGUCAGAACCGAACAAUGGCGGGAAAGGGCGAGGAAGCAGCUGGAUCAGAUCGUUGAGAACUUGGAUGCUGCUUCCACCAGGUCCGCGAGCAUCAGCCAUGAGGUCGGCUUGCUGAUGGAUACUCAUGCCAAGCUCGUUCAUCAGAACCAGCAACUAAUGCAGCAAGUGUCGGCCGAUUCUUCCCACUUCAAAAUGAUUCUAUCCGCGGCUAAAGUAUACAAAUUGUGCCUAACCAGGAAGGCCCGGAUAGCUCGAGAUUGGCUUCUCUCGGAUGAGCCGGAAGCGUCGAAGUUUCUCGGAGAUCUGACGGCCGAGAUGGUGAAGGCCGGAACCAUGAUUAGUGACGAGAAGUAUCGUCUGGCUGCCGCAGAGUUGGGCAUGGAUUUUACUUCCCUUCAGCAAACUGCUGAACAAAAGGGGAGUGAAGCUUUGUCCAACCUUGCUCCUGUCUUGGACGGGGAGUCGGCGGUACUGGUCGACACGGUCUGGGACGCGGCCGAAAAGAGGGCCUGGUCUGAAAAGAUAAAUGCCGAGGCUGAGAGGGAGGCUUUAAGUCUCGACUUGGAGCAGCUGGCUCUCUCUUCUCCUCCGGCGUCAGAUGUCCCAGAGAACUUGACGCUCUCCAACCUGGAGGUUCUAUGCCUUGAUCUAUCGAAUCUCAUUAUUGACGAAGGCCGGAACCUCCAGAGCUUGUCCCGGGAGUUGUCUGAGAUCGGGGUGGAGCCGUUCAAUGUUGAAGAUUAUGUCAGCUUCACCCCGAGUUUUGAAGAGGGAAGGAUCGAAUCUCCUCCGCCGCCGGGUGAAGAUGUCGAGGCCUUUUUUGACGAUGUAUAAUCUUGUAUUUUAGUAACCUUGUUUUUUGUAAACAUUCAACUAUAUUUUGAAUAUUCGAUGUAUAUAUUCCUGAUUUUUCGUGAUAUCCAUGCUUCUAUUUGUUGAGCCGUGGCUUCUUUCUUCUGAGGCCGCGGAAUACUACUUAAAGGACGUGAUUUUUCGAUGUCACGUAUAGGCGACAUCAAGGAAAUUUGGACUUAGAAUAUUUUCAGCCUUCAGACCCCAGUAGGGGGGUCCGACUUGUCGAUGUCCCGGUCGCGGGUAAUCUUUUUGGGAGACUUGGAUUUUCUUUUGAACUCAGGGACCCCAAACUGGGGGUCCGACUUAUCGACGUCCCGGUUGGGAAACAUCUUUUGGAAUAUUUUG